AUGUCCCAGAGGCCGUCCUCCUCGGACUCGGACUCGUGGGAGGCCUGCAGCCGGCUGCUGCGGAGCAAGUCCCUGUACCCGCCCGCCGUGGCCAACCCGUUCCUGCAGCAGACGCACAUCAGCGCGUGGCGCUGGGCCUCCCUGCUGCUGCUGGGCACCGUGCUGGUGCCGGUGCGCGUGUCCUGCAUGGCCGUGCUCUUCGCCAUCCUCUGGCCCGUGACCGUGCUGUCCACCCUGGGCCACUCGGCCCGCCGCGGCCAGCCCGCCCGGAGCUGGCGGAGGGAGCUGGUGCAGCGGCCCCUCCGCUUCCUGUUCCGCACGUGCUUCCUGGUGCUGGGCUUCCUGGUGAAAGUGAAGGGGAAAAAGGCCAGGUGGAGCGAGGCCCCCAUCUUCGUCACCGCCCCGCACUCCUCCUUCUUCGAUGCCAUCGCCUGCGUGGUGGCCGGGAUCCCCUCCGUGGUCUCGGCGAGCCAGAACGCCCGCAUCCCGAUAGCGGGGAAGUUCCUGCUGAGCACCCAGCCGGUGCUGGUGACUCGGGAGGACCCCAACUCCAGGAAGACCACCCGGGACGAGAUCCUGAAGCGCGUGUCCGCCCAGCCGGAGUGGCCGCAGAUCAUGAUUUUCCCGGAGGGCGUGUGCACCAACCGCACGUGUCUGGUCACUUUUAAGCUGGGGGCCUUCUCGCCGGGGGUCCCCGUGCAGCCCGUGCUGCUCCGGUACCCCAACAGCCUGGACACGGUGACCUGGACCUGGCAGGGCUUCACGGCCUUCCAGCUGUGCAUGCUGACCCUGAGCCAGCUCUUCACCAGGGUGGAAGUCGAGUUCAUGCCCGUGUACACCCCGAGCGACCAGGAGAAGAAGGACCCCAUCCUCUUUGCCAACGCGGUGAGGGUCAACAUGGCCAACGCCCUGGGCGUGCCCGUGACUGACCACACCUUCGAGGACUGCAAGCUGAUGAUCAGCGCAGGCAACCUGCAGCUGCCCAUGGAAGCGGGCUUGGUGGAAUUCACCAAAAUCAGCCGGAAGCUGAAGUUAGACUGGGAUAGCAUUCACCAGCAUCUGGACGAGUACGCUGCCAUCGCGGUUGCCUCCAAAGGAGGGAAGAUAGGGAUCGAAGAGUUCGCAAGUUACCUGAAACUCCCCAUUUCAGAGCCCUUCCGACAACUCUUCGCCCUUUUCGACAGGAACAACGACGGCAGCAUAGAUUUCAGGGAGUACGUGGUAGGGCUGGCUGUCCUGUGCAAUCCUGCCAACACGGACAAGAUCCUGCGGAUGUCAUUCAAGCUUUUUGAUAUGGACGAGGAUGGUUACAUAACGCAAUCGGAGCUCGCCGCUAUACUUCAGGCAGCGUUCGGGGUGACCCACCUGGAUGUUUCCGGUCUCUUUCCGGGAAUAGCGAAGCGGAACUCAGAGUACAUUUCAUUCAGGAGCUUUAGGAAAUUUGCUUUGAAGCACCCAAUAUAUGCCAAUCUAUUUAAGUCAUACUUAGAACUCCAGGCAGCCUAUAUAUAUACAUUACCACGAGAACAAGUUUGA